AUGGAAACUUCUGCUUCAACAGCUGCUGGGAAAACAGAAGGGAAAGGUGCAGUUCUGGAGGGGAAUGGCUUUACAGAGACGGGGAAGAAACCCACUCCUUUAGCAGCUGCAGGAGCAGCAGUGGCACAAGGAGUGCCGCAGCACAUUUUUCCGGCCUUCCACGCUCCUUUGCCAAUUGACAUGCGCCACCAGGAAGGACGAUACCAUUACGAACCUCACUCUAUCCACGCUAUCCACGGGCCUCCUCCCCUGAGCGGCAGCCCCGUCAUCUCUGACAUCUCCCUCAUCCGCCUGUCUCCGCACCCCGCUGGGCCCGGCGAGUCGCCCUUCAGGCCGCCGCACCCCUACGUGGCACCUCACAUGGAGCACUCCCUCCGCUCCGUCCACGGCAGCCCCACGCUCUCCGUCAUCUCCGCUGCCAGGGGCCUCAGCCCCGCCGACGGUAAGACGCUGUGCUACCGCUACUGCCAUGAUUUUGUGAAGGAGAGAGGCCGCUGGGCCCUCUCCCCCCCUCCCUGGGGUGCCGGCUGCACGGGGGUGAACUACUACCACCAAAUGACGCUGAUGGCCGGCCACCCAAACCCCUACGGGGACCUCCUGAUGCAGAGUGGGGGAGCAGCCAGCACAGCCCAUCUCCACGAUUACCUCAACCCCGUCGACGUGUCUCGGUUUUCGAGCCCCCGGGUGACUCCAAGAUUAAGCCGAAAACGAGCCCUGUCUAUCUCCCCGCUGUCUGAUGCCAGCAUUGACCUCCAGACAAUGAUCAGGACCUCUCCAAACUCUCUCGUGGCAUAUAUCAACAACUCCAGAAGCAGUUCAGCAGCGAGCGGCUCCUACGGCCAUUUAUCCGCCGGGACAAUCAGCCCGGCGUUCAGCUUCCCCCACCCCAUUAACCCCGUGACAUACCAGCAGAUCCUGACCCAGCAGAGGGGCCUGAGCUCAGCCUUCGGACACACUCCUCCCCUGAUCCAGCCAUCCCCAACCUUCCCCCCGCGCCAGCACAUGGCGGUCAUCUCCGUCAACCCGCCGCCAGCACAGAUCAGCAGCAACAGCAACUGCAUCUCUGACUCCAGCCAGAGCAAGCAGAGCAGCGAGUCGGCCGUGAGCAGCACAGUCAAUCCAGUAAUUAACAAGCGCAGCAAAGUCAAGACUGAAGUCGAGGGCUUGCUCCCAGCAUCCCCAACCACACAGGAGCAUCUGACAGACCUGAAAGAAGAUCUAGAUAAGGAUGAAUGUAAACAGGAGCCUGAGGUUAUUUAUGAGACGAACUGUCACUGGGAAGGGUGCACAAAGGAAUAUGACACUCAAGAGCAGCUCGUCCAUCACAUCAACAACGACCACAUCCACGGGGAGAAGAAGGAGUUUGUGUGCCGCUGGCAGGACUGCACAAGGGAGCAGAAGCCCUUCAAGGCUCAGUACAUGCUGGUGGUGCACAUGCGAAGGCACACUGGAGAGAAGCCACACAAGUGCACGUUUGAGGGUUGCUCCAAAGCCUAUUCCCGCCUGGAGAACUUAAAGACACACCUGAGGUCCCACACUGGAGAAAAACCCUACGUCUGUGAACACGAAGGCUGCAAUAAAGCCUUUUCCAAUGCCUCGGACAGAGCCAAGCACCAGAACAGGACGCAUUCCAAUGAGAAACCCUACGUCUGUAAAAUCCCUGGCUGCACAAAGCGGUACACAGACCCCAGUUCCCUCAGGAAGCAUGUCAAGACCGUGCACGGGCCUGAUGCCCACGUCACAAAGAAGCAGCGCAACGAUGUCCACCCGAGGCCACCUCUACUCAAGGAAAAUGGGGACAACGAGGCAAGUGCCAAGCAGAGCAGCAAGGUUUCAGAGGAGAGCCCCGAGGCCAACAGCACCACAAGGAGCAUGGAGGAUUGCUUACAAGUCAAAACGAUAAAAACGGAGAAUUCUGUGGUGUGUCAGUCCAGUCCUGGUGGCCAGUCGUCGUGCAGCAGUGAGCCUUCACCCCUUGGCAGCACCAACAACAAUGACAGUGGAGUAGAAAUGAACAUGCACAGUGGAGGAAGUCUGGGAGAUCUGACGGCGUUGGAUGACAACGCUCCUGUUGUGGACUCAACGGUCUCAUCUGGUAAUUCGACAGUCAGCCUGCAGCUAAGGAAACACAUGACGACGAUGCAACGACUUGAACAGCUCAAGAAAGAGAAACUCAAGACAGUUAAGGAUUCCUGCUCAUGGGUGAGCCCAGCUCCACAAGCCAGAAACACCAAGCUGCCUCCCAUCUCAGGAAAUGGCUCUAUUCUAGAAAAUAGUGGUGGUUCUUCCGCUACACUGCCUAAUCCCAGAAUAAUGGAGCUGUCUGUCAAUGAGGUUACGAUGCUGAACCAACUCAAUGAGCGCCGUGAUAGUACGACAAGCACCAUCAGCUCUGCCUAUACUGUCAGCCGCAGAUCGUCAGGGAUUUCCCCGUACUUCUCAUGCCGCCGCUCCAGCGAGGCUUCGCAGCUCGGGCACCGUCCCAAUAACACAAGCUCUGCCGACUCCUACGACCCUAUUUCAACAGAUGCCUCCCGCCGGUCAAGCGAGGCGAGCCAGUGCAGCGGGAUGCCGGGUCUGUUGAACCUCACACCAGCUCAGCACUACAGGCUGAAAGCCAAGUAUGCUGCUGCCACAGGGGGCCCUCCUCCGACACCCCUGCCAAAUAUGGAGAGGAUGACCCUGAAGAACAGGAUCUCACUUAUGGAUGGACCAGACCCCACCCUGCCCUCCGUCCGCCUCCCGCCAGGCCCCAGGCGUUGCAGUGAUGGUAACACCUAUGGCUACCCAUCAGCUACAGCAUUUCCCCAUGAGGUGCCAGGCAACUGCACAAGGCGGGCGAGUGACCCGGUGAGGAGACCUGCUGGAGACCCCCAGGCCCUCCCUCGAGUUCCCCGCUUCAACAGCACCAACAGUAUGAACCCCUUCCAUCCUCCACACCCCACGGACAGGAGGAAUUUCGGCCUCCAGAGCUAUGGGCGCUCAGAUGGGAGCCUCCCCCGACAUACCUACUCACCCCGGCCACUCAGCAUCAGUGAAAACAUCACCAUGGAAGCCAUGUCUGGGGAGGCAGAGGUGCCCGUUGGAGAUGAUGACAUUAUGCUGCCAGACGAUGUGGUGCAGUACAUCAAAUCCCAGAGCAAUGGGGUGGUGGCUGAGAGUACUUCCAUGGGGUACAGCAACGAGAUGCAGAGCUUCCAGGGAAGCGGGAAGCUGCAGCCUCCUGCCUUGCCUGGACAACGUAGGACGGCAGUGGCUGAGGCGAGCAUGAGCCACCUGGGACCCGUGAUGGCAGAGUGUCCCAUGAGCUUUGAUACUUCCUCAGACAUGAAUAAAAAUAACAUGCCCGUCCAGUGGAAUGAAGUCAGCUCGGGUACAGUUGAUCUCAUGUCCAAUCAGUCGAAACCGCAGUUUUCGCAAGGGAACUUAGCAGUGGUCCAGCAGAAGCAGAACUUUGGUCAGUACCAGAACUACAACCAGCAGCAGAUGCAGAUGCCUGAGAACAGCAUGAAUGUAACACAGCAGAGCUUUAUGCAAAGAAAUGUGGGCAUGGAUGGGCAGAGGCUAAACUGUAUGCAGCUGCGGCAGCAGCCGAUGAGCCUGGGUCCCAGUAUGAACCCUGACCUAGGCUUGCACGCAGGGUAUAACCAGCCUCAUCAGAUGCUGACCCCCAGUGCAAUCAGUGGCAACCCAAAUCAGAUCUCUCCUUCUUGUAGCAGCAUGGCAGCAAAGUCUGGACACCAUCUUCACCCUCAGCAAAUGGACAUGGCGACUGACCCUUCUUUAAUGGUGAGCAGCAACAGUGAGCGCACGAUGCUGGGCCAGGUCAUGCACGAACCGAGUCAGCAGAACUACUCAUCUCAGCCGACCCACCUGAACUUCCCCAUGGCUCAGGAGGCCUUCCAUCAGCCCGUCGUGGCCUCCAACCAGACCAGCUUUGAGCCUCAGCAGAGCACGAUGGGCUCAGCUGCACAGAUUUAUCCACCCAGCAUGGUCCAGCCUCGUCCGCCACCCGAGCCGAGCCCAGCCAGCAGAUCCCGAGGCCUGCGCACCGUGCAGCAGCUGGGCUACAUGAGAACUCCCCACCCUACAAACACCCUCAGCCCGGGACAGGAGGCAGCAGAGGCCAUGCAUAAAAGAACCAGCGACAUGUUGCCGGCGCCGGCCCAGCAGUGUGCGGACGGCACGAGGGAUAACAAUUUGAUGUAUUAUUAUGGUCAAAUCCACAUGUACGAGCAGAACAGCAGCUUUGAUAAUCAUGCGGACUGCCGGGUCAGACAGCAGCAGUGUGCGCUGAACAGCAAGCCGGCUGCUCUGCCUUCCCCGGGCACGAACCAGGUGUCCAGCACGGUGGACUCACAAGGUCUUGAGCCGCCCCAGAUAGAUUUUGAUGCCAUCAUGGACGAUGGGGACCAUUCGAGCCUGAUGUCGGGAACCCUGAGCCCCAGCAUCCUGCAGAACCUCUCCCAGAACUCCUCUCGCCUGACGACUCCACGAAACUCUCUGACACUGCCCACCAUACCCGCGGGAAUAAGCAAUAUGGCAAUAGGCGAUAUGAGCUCCAUGCUAACCACGCUGGCGGAAGAGAGUAAAUUUCUAAACAUGAUGUCAUAA